AUGUGCUUUCCAGCAUUCCUCCUCAACGAUCGCCCGCUAUAUCCCUUACCGACCAUACCCACACCAUCCACCUUCCUCGUUACACGAUAUCGCCAGAACCUCUCCCAUGCGGAACUGCACUGGGGCCUAAACUCCGAAGACCCGUAUUGUCGAGAAAGCUGGAGUGACAGAGGACGAUGGUGCCACGAAGUACCUUUGACACAGGCCCCGCGCAUGUAUAUCGAUUAUUUAUACAUCACGAACCCGAGCGAUAAUCAAGAAGGCGAUGAUGCGCAUGCAGAGUACUGGAGCGUUGCGCUUGACGUGAUUGGGAAGUCGCGGUACCCUGACGACCCUCUUUGGAGGUUCAACAACCCAGAGCAGAAGAUGCUGUGGAUGCGCGUCAAAGGAACUCCUCUGAAAAGAGGAGACAAAGGAGGGCCAGCCAAGGUCGCCGACCCGUUCGGUCAAUCUACCACGGACGACCAGAUCUACGAGUACCAAAUCGUCGAUGUGCGCCUAGUAGCUCGAGCCUACACCUUUCCUCUCAAGAAGUCUUUGACGAUUUGGGGCACAAUAGGCCACUUCCUUGGCAGCGACGUCUGGGAACUAGAGGGGAGUCGCUUCCUCUACCGCAAAGAAGAAUGGGGAUACUACGGCAAGAAAGGAACGCUUCGCGACAUGUUCGGCGAAUUUGUUCACUGGGAAUGGUGGGGCUUGUUCUGGGUCAUCUUCAGCAGCGUCGUUGGCGGCCUAUUCACCAUCUUUCUCUUAUGGAAGAUGUACUGGUGGAUCGUUGCGCAGCGCGAGCUCAUGAAGUGGGAUGGCAUGGAAGAUGUCUGGGAGAACAUGAGGAGAGAUAGGGUGGCUGAAGAGGAGGGGGCACUGCUGAAUGCUCACGGCGCGUACCGCGAUGAUCCGGAUGAAGGCAGCUCCUCGAGACCACCAGCGUAUGAGGAUGCGUUGAAGCCGCUGCCGAGUAAACCACUGCCUGAGAAACCUUUGCCGGCGGUACCGUUGAUCGAUGCUUGA